AUGGCGAGAGUCGAGCGGAGGCGACUCGCUUACACGGAUGAUCGAUUUAGCGCGCUUCCGGAUGAAAUAUUAGGGUUAGUAUUGUCUUCAUUGAGCAUGAAAGAAGCUAUGGCGACUAGCAUACUUUGUUCUCGAUUGAGGUACUCGUGGAUGUUCACAUCCAGUCUAGAUCUACAUAUCGAUUACUUUGCAGCGUUACAGAAGCAGCAGCCCAGUAAGUUCGAAGUAGUAUGCACAUCACCAUCACGGACCUACACAUUACAAUGCAUGUAUGUUAGAUGGGUUGAUCGCCUACUCACCCAACUACAGCUACUCCCCAAAUCCUCCUCUAAUCUUGUCAGUUUCAGAUUGUCAUUUCAUUUAUCUUCAUCUUUCACACUAUGGAUCCAUGAUUGGCUCAACUAUGCUGUCACUAGAAAGGUUGAGACUCUUGAUUUGAACUUGAUCGAUUACUUACCAGAAAAGCGUUACACUUUCCCAUACAAACAAGGGAACUUCCCUGACAAUUUGAAGCUUCUUAAGAAACUGUGUUUACAUUCAGUGAAUGUGAGUGGUGAGGCCGUGGCAUUUAUGUUGGGGAACUGCCGUCUACUCGAGCAACUCUCCUUGUCUGAAAUAGACAACCUUUCGUCUCUUCAAGUUGUUGGGACCUCUUCGGUGUUCAAAUGCCUAGAAAUCAGCCAGUGCAGGAACCUCGAAUCAAUAGUGGUCCAAGAAUCGGAGGUUGUCUGCAUCAAGCACCUUGUCGUCGUUUUGUCAUCAUUGAUCUUCCUCUCCUUACUCACCUCUGGAUUCAGCCGGAUCUGCAAUUUCGUCAUUUUAGAGCCAUAAAAGACAUUUUACACAUGUUUCGUUCUGUGCUUCUACAGUUACAUACUCUCAAGAUAUACACUUCCUUCAAAAUUGACUACACGUUCACUAUGAAGAAGAAGAUGCCUAAUCUUAAGGAAUUGGUGGUGGUCAUUGGGAGGAAUUACUGUAACAAAUGGUCUAUCCUACCAUGGUUUGAAGUGGCACCUUGCGUGCAGAGAUUUGUAGUAGAGGCAUCACAUCAAGAGAUAGGCAAAGAGUGUUAUACUUGUGAUGAUAACUUGCAUGAUGGUAAUGACAUUUGGGACAGAGAUAAGAUAAUUCGUCUUUGGAAUAGAGAUGAGAAAUUUUGCAAGUUUUAUUCUCAUGCCAAGGAAGUAGAGUUUGUUGGUUAUCGUGGUGUGUUUAAUCAUUUUGAAUUGAUUGCAAAGUUUGUCAAGCAUGGUGUUGCACUACACAGAAUAACAGUUGAUCCACGACCUUUCCAGCUUAGCACGAAUAUGCCGUGGGAUCACAUUUCUCGAAAUCAUACAGAGGAUGAAAUAGUUGCAAGAAAUCGUGCAAGAGACCAACUCAAAUACUCGAGAAUAAAUGUCAACAUUCUUUA